AUGACCAUCUCUGAAAUAGGCCUCCUGCGGCUCAAGCCAACCGCAUCGCUCGAGGACCCUGACAUUCAAAGACGACUCAAAGACAUCAAGUCUCAUUUGAGCAGCUUCACGGGCCAUCAGUUCUCCUACUUUCGACAGCUCGAGGAUCCAUCCCUUUUGUACCUCCUCGGUCAGUGGGAGUCGCUCGAGUCGCACUACAAAGGCAUGCACGGCUCCGAGGAGUGGAAAAAGGGCGUCAUGGAAAUGUCAAACUACUUUGACUUUCAGUGGAUGGCGCAUUACGACUUUCAGCUCGACAGCCUGGAGCCGCCUGCCGACGAUGACGACGACGCUGGUGUCUUGGAGGUGCACAGGUUUCUCAUGAAGACGGGCUCGAGGGCCGAGUUUGACAAGCACGCGAAAGCCGUCUCAGCGGAGUCGACUGGAGAAAAGGGAAAUGCCUUAGGCGGCUGGAAGGCGGAUUCGAAAGAGGGCAGCGAAGAGUAUGCUGUGGUUUUGGUGGUAGAGGAUGCGCAGAAGAGGUCGACCCUGAGUGAACGCUACGAUGGUCUUGAGCAACUUGCAGACAGUGCCAACAGGCAUUUGAUUCGCAAAUUUAUUUAG